AUGGAGGCCAGGGCACCUGCGGAGCUUGAAGAAGCUGAAGGUUUUGCAGCUGUAGAAUUGGCUCACCACGACCUUCUAAAUCAGGUCCUCGACGAUGACGGCAGCACUGCUUCGGACAGGAUCCUCCGUAGUUACAAGAGAAGCUUCAAUGGCUUCGCAGCAAGGCUAACCGAACAAGAGGCUGAUAAACUAUCUAGCAUGGAUGGCAUAGUGUCAGUCUUCCCAAGUAGGACACAUAAGCUCCUGACAACAAGGUCAUGGGAUUUCUUGGGCUUACCUCAAACCCCGCCGGAAGAGCUACCCUUGGAAGGAGAUGUCAUCAUCGGCAUGCUCGAUGGCGGCAUAUGGCCCGACUCGCCGUCCUUCUCCGACGACGGCUUCGGUCCACUGCCGAGCAGGUGGAAGGAUGUCUGCCAAAACUUCACCUGCAACAACAAGAUCAUCGGUGCUCGCGCCUACAAUCAAGGAUCCAGCACCGGCCUGUCCCCGCUCAACGAGGACGGGCACGGCAGCCACACGGCGUCCACCGCGGCCGGCCGGGCGGUCGGCGACGUCAGCUUCGGCGGCCUGGCCGCCGGCACCGCGCGCAGCGCCGUGCCGGGCGCCAGGCUCGCCGUCUACAAGGUGUGCUGGGAGGACGACUGCGCCGACGCCGACGUGCUCGCGGCGUUCGACGACGCCAUCGCCGACGGCGUCGACGUCAUCUCCUACUCCGUCGGGACCUUGUUCCCGCUGCGCUACUUCAGGGACGCGGCGGCCAUCGGCUCCUUCCACGCCAUGCGCCGCGGCGUGGUCACCUCCGCGUCGCCCGGCAACUCGGGCCUGCGGCGGGGCUUCCACGUCUCCAACGUCGCGCCGUGGAUGCUCUCCGUCGCGGCGAGCAGCAUGGACCGCCGGUUCGUCGACAGGAUCGUCCUCGGCAACGGCGACACCAUAGUGGGGACCUACAUUUACACCUUCCCGACGCUAAAGAAUGCGCCACUAGUAUUCCCAACUGGCGGGUCCUGUGAUCCAGGUGAUUUGGCUGGAGUCUCAUACGAAGGGAAGAUACUCCUCUGCCGCCUGCCCAAGAACAAGACCGAUCCAAACGACGGCUCAGGACCGCUCUCGGCCGGUGCGGCGGGCGCCGUCGUCUUGGAAGAGGCGCCUGAUGCCCACUUCACCAUGCCUCUUCCCGGACUCGCCGUAACUCGGGACCAGUUCGACGAAAUCAUGGCCUAUGUCAACAGCACUAGCAAUCCUGUGGGUACCAUAGAAAGCACAGAGGCAACGGUGGAUCCGCAAGCUCCGGUAGCUGCAUCCUUCUCUUCUCCAGGCCCAAACCUCAUCACCCCCGGGAUCCUGAAGCCUGAUCUAUCUGCGCCGGGGAUCGACAUCAUAGCCGCGUGGUCGCCAGUGUCGUACGUCAAGUCGUUCCACCGCGGCUGGUCGCCGGCGAUGAUCAUGUCGGCUCUCAUCACCACCGCCACUCCGAUGAACACGCCGGCCAACUCCGGCUGGACGGCGCUCAAGUACGGCGCCGGGCAGCUAAGCCCGGAGAAGGCGCGCGACCCGGGCCUCGUGUACGACGCGUCGGAGGGCGACUACGUGGCCAUGCUGUGCGAGCAGGGGUACAACGCCACGCAGCUCGCGCUGGUCACCGGCUCCAACGCCACGGCCUGCGACGCCGAUGGCUCGAGGUCGCCGGCCAGCAGCUCCGGCGGCGACCUCAACUACCCGACCAUGGCGGCCCGCGUUGAGCCGGGGAAGAACUUCACCGUGCGCUUCCCGCGCACUGUCACCAACGUCGGAGCCGCAGCCAGCGCCGCGUACGACGCGAAGGUCCUUGUGUCUGCCGAGGCGGCCAAAGACCUCGCCGUCGAUGUCUCGCCGAGCAAGCUGGAGUUCACUACGCAGAACCAGAAGGCCUCGUUCACCGUGACGGUGUCCGGCGUGGCGCCUAGCGGCGGAGGGCCGGGUCCACUCGGCGGCCGUCGUGUGGUACAACGACGAGCACCAGGUGAGGAGCCCGGUGGUGGUGUACACAGCUGA